AUGUAUUAUCCGGAUGAUGUGACAAUGAUUGAAGCGGAUGAUGAGCUUUGUCGUCGGUACUUGAAACACAAGCGUCGAGAAGGCUUGGAUGGAGCCUUGGAAAUGGCCAAAAAAAGUCUCAGGUGGCGGAAAGAGUUCGGUGUACGGGAACUCAACGAAUACAAUAUCUUCCAACUCUAUCUCAACGUUGGCUGCUUCAUACCCUUCAAAAAGGACAAGGAGGGUUUGCCCUGCAUUAUUUUCCGCACAAAGCUUCACCGGAAGAAUGUUGCUCGGUCGGAGGACAUGAAACGCUACAUAAUUUUCUGGGUGGAAUACUUUCUCUACGUACGCAAGAACUCACGCCUGAGUUUCGUCUUCGACUGCACGGGCGCCUCCUACAGUUGUACGGACUUCGACCAGGUUAAGUUCAUCAUACAAAUAUUCAACGAGUUUUAUCCUUGGGCUCUGGGGAACGUCAUCGUUUAUAAUAUGUCCUGGCUGUUCACAACCGUAUGGGCCGGCAUCCGGGCACUCAUCCCUGCUGACGGAGCUGACCGCUUCAAAUUCUGCCACGGGGCAGAGAUAUAUGAGCUCAUAGACCGUGACAAUCUCCCCGAAUUCAUGGGGGGUCGCGUGCCAACUCCAUUCCGAGAAUUGACACUCGAAGAAAUCGAGGCCGUCCCCACCGAUCCCGAAAUUGAAAAGAUAAUUUUCACAACCCCGGCGAUCGAGAAAUUCUAUCAGCAGAAUUUCGGCCUCUUCACGAAAUCCCCGCGGACGUUCGAUGGAUCGAAUCACGAUAGCAUCUUCGUUUGCAGCCCGGACGACACUUUGACGUUCGAAGCCUGUGGAAAUAGUCGGAUCGCGAGUCUGACACUCACAAAUACUUCUUCUGACGCCCGUCCAAUCGCCUUCAAAAUGAGUACUAAUCGCCCGGAUGCUUACACCGCUGAUCCGCGCGAAGGCAUCGUUCGUCCUGGAGAGACCAUCCGAAUCACGAUAAGCAUAAAGAGAGGUGGCAGAACAGACUCAGACAAGGUCCUACUGCAAGUGAUUCCCAUGGAUGACCGACAGAAGAAUAUCAAGGAUCUUUUCAAGUUCUCGAACCGCAAUCUGAUUGAGCAGAAGUUGAUUCGAUGCGGAAUUGACGAAGGAGAGGAAUCGGAUUCCGCGAUAGCGGGAAGCGAGGCUAGUCGCAGAUCCUCCACGGGGAGCACGUCAGUCGACCGAACGCUCACAGAGUUGAUAGCUCUGACGGAUCGGCAGCAUAGGGCUAUCAUCGGACUUUAUUCUCUUCUGGUGUUGUGUGUAGCCGUGAUCGUGAAGCUGCUGAUCUCGAAUUCGGGCACGAAAACUCUUUCGGCGAUAUUGGAUGACGAUCAAGACUUCAAAGCCGAGGAGCCCAAGGGUCGGAAGAAGACUAGGAAAAAACUCAAUUCGAUCAUCGCAUUCCAAGCUGAGGCGAAAGCCACGGCGAUUCUCUUGUUCGACUAUUAUAAGCGAUUCCGAGGGCUCAACGUGAAUUGCACGCCUCGACAGUACUUCUGCAAAGAGCAGGUGCUCAAAUGGGUCUUCAACAUCAUGAGCUGCAUUAAAAGUGGGACUCUCACGGAUGUUCUGGGACGAGAGAUGUUCAUAAAUCUCUACAACCUCUUCGUAGCGAAUUCGGUCGUUGAUGUCACGGUCACGAGGUACUUCUACCAUCUCCUCGCUCUACUGCACGCCUCGUUCGGUGAACUCCAGAGUCUCCUCGAAAGCACUGGGUGCAAGCAAAUCGACUACACUGUCCUCCUGGAACACCUGGGAGCGAUGAUUCGAUUUGCGAAAUUGGAGCUCCCACCCGGGGUGGAGCAUUUUCGUCCGGUACGAGUCCUGGGAGCCGGGGCUUUCGGAACUUGUUUCAAGGUCCAACACGUGACGACCGGGAAAUUCUAUACUUUGAAAGUGGUUCCAGCCACAGCUUAUCCGACGAUGGAGCACAUCGUGGCCGAUCGAAUUUGCGCCACAGUUGUCAAGCAUCCGAUGGUCGUGUACUACCUCGCAUGUUACCCCGUGGCGCGAUAUCAUGUGUCGAUCAUGGAAUACGUCGCAGGCAUCGAUUUGCAGAAAGCAAUGCCGAUCGUCGAAGAUUUCGGAGUCGAGCGGACGCGACUCAUAGCGGCUCAAAUGGUGGCCGGACUCCAGCAUAUGCAUUAUCGGGGUCUCAUGCACCGUGACGUCAAGCCUGGCAACAUACUCCUCACGAGCACAGGGAAGAUCAAAAUUAUUGACUUUGACACGGCAAAGAUGGGCUUGGCUUUGAGUGCGAAACGAUUCUGCAAUUCAUUCUUGGAGAGAGCCGCUGGAGAGCAUAGAGAUAAGGAAGUGGCUGGGACCUUUCUGUAUAUGGCGCCUGAAAUUCACGAGCGUCGCCGCUAUGGGAGAGCUUCGGACUGGUGGUCUCUCGGUGUGCUCCUAUUCCGUAUAGUCGAGAGGCGGAUGCCCUUCUAUGGGAAAACGGAAGAGGAAAUCAGAGCAGCAGUUUUGGGAAGCUCGGUUAAAUUCCGAAAAGCGGCAAGAAAAGGGGAAGAAUACGAAAACGCUCGUGAUCUCAUAAGCGCUUUGCUGACGAAAAAACCCGUGGAACGACUAGGGUCCACGUCGUUGGAUGAAAUCAUCACGCACAAAUUCUUCGAAGAUCUCGACUGGAACCUCUUGAGGAAAAAACGGGUCUUCGAAAUUCCUCUGAUCCACGAUCUUCUGAAGGAGAACUCCAUGAGUGCACAGAGAACGGGGAACGCUAAAAGCGAUACAGUAUUCGAGCCCGAAAUUCUGUAUGAUCAGCCCAUAAACACUUCGAACAUGGUCCUAGUCUUCACGUCUACAUCCGAACAAUCUGCUGCUUCGAAGGCCCCCGUGCUCGAGAUCACUGUAGACGAGUCGCAUCCAUGUCCGAGAUCCACGCAGUCCUUGAAACGAUCGGAAGCCGAAUGCUUGAGAGUUGUCUAUCACACCGAUUGGAAUUUGGAUUUGAAAUUUGGCAUCGUACGCGGAGAAGACAGUCUGACGUUUCCCAUUAUCAGGAAAAUGGCUCCAACGUACUCUGAGGUAUCGAUGUUGGUCGAGGGAGACAUACUCAUCAAGAUCGACGACCAAUCCGUUGUGUGUGCGCCGCUGAGGAGAGUGCAGGCGUUGAUAGCCGUUCCGGGUCAUCAUAUUUUACAAGUUUCGAGUUCGAAUCCAUUCCGAGUCUACGGCAGAAUUCUGAAGUGCCAGCCAUUGCUGAAAACCAUGCGGACCUUCAAUGCAUUACUGGUUGCACCGACGUGUACUGCGCCCAAAUCCAGGCGAAGAAGGUCAGGGCGUCCCUCGGACGAGGACUUCAUCGCCGUCCGACAAGUAUCGACCAAGCCCUUCCGAGGUCGAACGUUUGAUCUUUUCUUCAUCUCCGGGAUAAGAGAGAGCGUACAAGCGAAUUUCUUCGUUGGGGACCUAAUCGUCGCUGUCGACGGAAUCGAUGCUAGACGGCUCAGCUUGGAGUCUUUGCAAGGACUCCUGCGGUGUUACAAGGGUCCCGUGGUCCUGAGACUUCUACCGACGUCGGCGCUGCGGCAUGAUCGGCUCCGUUUCGAUCGCUUGUUUUCCGCCUUCGCGGAUCUUGCGUAG